CAAAUUCACUUCCGGGUCACAGGCAGGGGGACCGUGGAAACAAAACAGAGAAACGAGAAGAGGCCAAAGAGAGAAUCAUCUAAAGUCCGUUAUUGUUCUUCUGUCCUCCGCUUCGACUCUGUUUCAUGAGCCAGCGGGUAAGUGAAGCUGUCGAGGAGACAUUUGGACAUUUAGAGAAAACAAUAACAGAGAUGGACCGAGGAGGGAGCUGUUUUACCACCGCGGCUAACGUGCUAACCUUUUCUGUGCCACGUAAGUUAAGAAACAGCCGGAGGGACCCACCAGAGUCUGGGUGUGUGGAUAAACAUGUUUAAACGGACUUUCUGCAGGACUCAUCUCCUGUCAGCCAAGAAUGCUAACUGAUGUUAGCGUAGCUUGCUAGCUGGAAAUAGACGGGAGUCGGCCACAGUUCUGGUUGGAGUAACGUCGAUAGAGUCCAAACUGUGUUUUUCAUUUAGUAAAAAUGUCUAAAGAGUACGAGCAGGAACUCUGUCGUUCCAAAGAGGAGAACCAGAGACACAGGAAACUACUGGACGCUGUUUUCCAGCCUGAAGUCCGGUUACACAGAGCAGACGUCCAGCUGCUGUUGGUGAGUAAAGAUGAGGUUCCCCCUGAGCAGCAGCAGUGGAGCCCCAGGCUGGACCAGGAGGACCCACCAGAGCCCCCAAACAUUAAAGAGGAACAGGAGGAACUCUGGACCAGUCAGGAGGGAGAUCAGCUUCCAGGACUGGAGGAGGAUGAUAUCACCAAGUUCCCAUUCAGGGCCUCAUUACAGGAUGUUCCCCCUGAACAUCAGCAGUCGAGCCCCAGUCUGGACCAGGAGGACCCACUAGAGUUCCCACACAUUAAAGAGGAACAGGAGGAACUGUGGUCCAGUCAGGAGGGAGAGCAGCUUCCAGAGCUGGAGGAGGCUGAUAUCACCAAGUUCCCAUUCACUCCUGUCCCUGUGAAGAGUGAAGAAGAUGAUGAAGAGAAACCUCAGUCCUCACAGCUUCAUCAAAGCCAGACUGAGGAGAACAGAGAUGCAGAACAUAUAAAAAUAGAAACUGAUGGAGAGCUCUGUAGAGGACCAGACCCAGCCAGGAACUUUGAUCCAGAUAGUCAUUUACAACCAGCUACUCAUGACAAGAUUUCACCCUCCUCUGAAUCGGAUACUGAUGACAGUUGUGAUUGGGAGGAGACCAGGGAUCCUCAGCCAGGUUUCUCAAAAGCUUUUAGCUGCUCAGUUUGUAAAAGAAGUUUCAGUCAGAAAAUACAUUUGGUCCAACACACGAGAAGGCACACUGGGGAGAAACCAUUUAGUUGUUCAGUUUGUUCCAAAAGAUUUGCACAUAAAGGUAAUCUGACUGAACACUUGCGUGUUCACACAGGGGAGAAACCGUUUAGCUGUUCAGUUUGUGGCAAAACUUUUGCACAUAAGGGAAAUCUGAACGAUCAUUUGCGUGUCCACACAGGGGAGAAACCAUUUAGCUGUUCAGUUUGUGGCAAAACUUUUGCACAUAAGGGAAAUCUGAACGAUCACUUGCCUGUCCAUGCAGAAGCGAAACCAUUUAGUUGCUCAGUUUGUGGUAAAAGAUUCCCCCGAAAGAAAUCCUUUUCUGCUCAUAUGAAACUUCAUUCUGAUGGAAAACCUUUCAGCUGCUCAGUUUGUAAAACAAAUUUCAGUAAGAGACCACAUUUGGUCCAACACAUGAGAAUCCACACAGGGGAGAAACCAUUUAGUUGCUCAGUAUGUGGGAAAAAAUUUGCACGUAAGGAACAUCUGAGAGUUCAUUUGCCUGUCCAUGCAGGGGAGAAACCAUUUAGUUGUUCAGUUUGUGGUAAAAGAUUUUCACAAAAGGGGGCAAUGAGGCGGCACUUGAAAGUCCACACACGAGAAACCAUUUAGUCGCAGUGCUUUUAGUAAAAGAUUCGCUUUGCUCGAGACUGUCAAAUACCCCAAGUGUCCUGGUGAGAGCAGUGGAAAUAAAUAAAUUCUCAGCAGGAUUGAAGAACUGAGGACAGGACUUGUCGCAACACUAAUCAGCUAAAAACUAUGAUACAGACUCCCAAAUAUGUUUUGCUUUGUCUUAUCUUUUUAGCCACAUGUUUUACUGGCACCGUUUUUAGUUGUACAAUGUGUUUAAAUUGUAUAAAAGUAUUUGACGUCACCUAAA